AAAAAAGUACCGUUACGAAUACAUUAUUAUCGAACACAUAUUAAAACCAAUUUUUGAAAUGCGUAAAUGAGUCAACAUAUCUAUACAAUUAUACAUCGCUAUGAUGAUAGUUUCCCACUUUUAGAUCUAUUGUUGUAGCUAAGACGACUUAGAGAGACGUAGACCUUAUUAUAUGUACAAUAAACAAAAGGAAAAAAAGAACACCACUUGGCUAGCUGAUCGAUGGUUGCGCCCCGCCCGCCGGUAGCUCGUUAGUUUUAGGCGCAGGACGCGCGGCUGGCGCCUUUCUCGGCCAGCGACGUCCAUGCCCUUUUUUUUUCUUUUAUCUUUCAUCUGGUUGGUUGAAUGGUUGUUUGGGUGUUUUUUUUUUCUCUAUUCUCAUUGGUUAUUUGUGAUUCAAUUUUAAAUUUGAAAUAAUUGAUGUAGUGACAAAAAAAUGAUCAUAUUUUAACGGCCAUAAAAAAGCGGUCAUAUUUUAACGGCCAUAUUUUUUCUUAUAUAUUACAGCACUCUUCAUAUUUUAACGACUAUUUUUUGAAAAAUAAAAUUAUCUCGGAAUUUUAAAAAAAUUACAUCGAAAUUUUUUGUAUUCAAAAGUAAUAACGAACUAUGAAAAAAUUAAAGUGAAAUAUAAAAAUUAGAAGUCAAAUAAGUAUGGUUUAUUGAAAAAAAUUGAAAAAGGGAGGCGAGAAGCUAAAUUUAGCUUUUUGUAGGGUUGUGAAAAUUGGGUUUGGGGAGUUAAAAAGCCAUAUUUGGGUUGGAGUUAGUCUUAUAAUAAAACUAGAGAGUAGUUUUGCUUGCAAGCAGGCGACGACGAAUUGACCCGCCGGCCGGCCGGCUGAGGACGCGGGAAUCACCCCAACAGUUUUGACCAAUGCUGUCAAAGCCGAGCCGGAGUAUGACCCGGUAACGUGAACGGCUCGGUCAUUAGUGGUUCAGCCGGCAUUAGACCGUUUAAAAACCGUUUGAGAACCGGUACAUUAUAAACAAUAUAAUAUCAUAGUAGAACACACAUAAAGUAAUAAUUCAAUGAUUUAAUGAGUAAAAAUGAUAAUUACAGGUACCAUUUAAUAAUUCUACACAACAUAUAUAUACAACAACUAAAAAAAAACCCUAACCUAAUCCUAAGCGACAACGCCGUUUCCCCACCCACUACUCUCCUUCCUUCCGCUUCCCCAUCCCCCCUCCCUCUCUCCUUCCUCCUCUCCCACCGCCGCACCUAUUUUCAUUUUUCAGCCACUAUAGCCUUCUGCAAUUCCUCAAAAAUCCAUCACGUCAUCCUUUCUUAACCCGUAAAUGCUCUUCCUCGUCCCAAUCCGCGAAAUGGCUCGGAUUCAAUCCAAGCCUCUGGUGAGACAGGGCAGCUUAGCGAGGAGCUGCUUGCGACGGUGGCGACGGGAUGGAAGCGCCGGGAGCGGGGAGCUGCUUGCUACAACAAGGACUGGCGAUGGCGAUGCGAUGGCGACUGGGGAUGGCGAUGCCGUCGGGAACGCCGAUGCCGGGACAAGAGGUGUUGACGGCCGAUUCCACGAUUGGCAUUUUCUAUUUUUUUUAGGGUAAAUCAAACGGCCGAACCGCGCGACCGGCUCGACCGGCUCAAGCUGUUAACCGCUUCGGCCGCUCACCGGCCUCUGUAUAAAACCGUGGCGGUUAAAUAGCUGAUCCGAGCCGGUUUUACGGCCGGGUGACGGCUUUGACGGUCCGACCGGCCGGCUCGAUUCGGCUUUGACAGCACUGGUUUUGACAAACUCCUCCCAUAAAAAAUCCACACGUACUAUUUGCCAUUUGGGAGCUUCAUUCUGGAAGCUUGACCUACUACCUUAACCUACCACAUAUACCAAAGAAGAAGAAAAACGACGUUGGAUUUUAUCAACUUAAUUAGCUAGGUUAAGUUUGGUCUCUUCCCAAUACAUUUCUGUCCACACUCGACCUUCUAGAUAAAAAUUGAUCCCUAUCUGGUUGGGUCAUCCACCCUUUUUUUUUUAAAUGCGACGAUUAACAUGAUUAAAUGAUUGCUACGUUUUUAUUAUAUCAUCUCUAAUAACCUCUGUUUUCAGAACCGGACCGGAGGCUGAACCGAAAAAGUUAGUGGUUUAACGGUUCACCGGUUAACCGUUACAAAACCGUUGAUAGAACCGUUAAUGAUAUAUAACAUAUAAGACUUGUAUAUUACGCUAAUUUAAGAAUGAAAUUAUCAUUGACCAUAAACAAGUUAAAAUUCAUAUCAUCACGAAAAUAUCUAAUAAAUCAUUCCAACCAUCACACAAAAGAAACCAUAUUUUUUAAUUCAAAUUAAAAAUUACGGUUCUAGUUGGUAGUAGAGAAUUUAAAAUGGACAAUAAGGUUGAGAAGCAUAUAUAAAAUUAAUAAUUAUGAUUUGAUGGUCUUAGUUUAUGUUAAAAUAUUUUUUUGUUAAAAUAGUGAACCAAUGGACCAGUUAAACCGUGUCGGUUCAUCUGAUUUUAUGUUGAACCGUGAAAAACCAUUUGGUCGAUCAAUAACCGUUCAAACAAUGAACCGGACCGCUAUCGUAACUGGUUUGACGGUUCUACUGGCCCGGCCGUUGAUCCAGUUCGGUUCUUAUAACAAGGCUAAUAACUGAGCUAUCAGGGCAUGAUUAUUUCAACUUUCACACGUACGAUAUGCACUACCGCUGCUUUUGGUUCAUUGCAUUUGUUAAUUAGUUGGUGCGUUAGUUGGGAAUGAAACUUGGUAAUUUGGAAUUAAUGCCUGAUUAAAGCACAAAAAUGGGGUUUGGGUUGGUUAAUUAAGGAUGUGUUUGUUAUCCAAAUCAAUCCGACGGUGAUGAAUAUGGCAAUUAGUUGGCUUUUCCAUGGCUAUAAAAGGGGUUCUAAAGUAUAUGCAUCGGACGGUUGGUUAGGGGUCACCGGAGAUCUCUCUUUGUUUGUUUGUUUGUUUGUUGUUUGGUUGGUUAUUCCUUCCUUGCAAAUAUAUAUGGAAUGGAACAUUCUUGGAGUUUUGAUGAGUUGAUUAGUUCCCUCCUCACCUUAAACAAGAAUAAUGGAGUUAAUGACGAUUUAUUUGGCAAAUUAUUGACAGGUUCAGAGUAACCUGCAGAUAUUAUGAUACAGUUGCUCAAGCGUCCGGCCGUUAAGUACGUGUACUAAUAAUCCACAGGUAAGAGAAAACUAGUUUCACUAUACUUGAAGAUAUUACAGAUUACAGGGAGAUUGAGAAACAACGUGGCCAAGCAGCAAUUCCUUUUCUCUGUGGUAGUGGAAAUAUAACCCGGCCCCUUGGCUGCAAGGUCGUUCGGCCACUGUUACUCGUUCCAAUCAGUAAUGUCAUUCAAAGUUUGGAAGUCAAAAUGGAAGUAAUAUUGAGGCAUAUGCACUAGAGAUUUGUUUAUUAACAUGAACAUGAAUUUAAACAAGGCAUCAUUAGAAAAGACAAACUUGUGACCAUGACUGGCUAGGGAUAUCGAAUUAAAUAGUAAUUAACAGU